AUGUACAACCCGCCUUACCAAGCAUCAGCGCAGUAUGGCGCACCGCCGGGCGACUAUGCAAAUUUCCCUGGCGCACCGCCUGGAAUGGGACCUCCUCCUGGUAUGGCAGUUCCCGGCAUGGGGGUUCCUCCUGGAAUCCAGCAGCAAGAGGCUCACCAACCAGUCAGACCUGGCUCCUUUCCUCCCAAUUUCCAGCCACCGCCGAGCAUGCCAAAUAUCAACUUCUCCGCACCCGUCAUUCGUUUAGGGACCUCUGGACCCUCCAAAUCCGACGGUCCUGGUGGUCGCGAGGAUCGAGAAAGAGGUGGACGAAGACCUGGCCUUGGGGCCGGAGCAGGCUCAGACUUCCGUGGAGACAGAGACCGGAUUGCACAGAUUCAGCCACCCACGAAGGAAGAAAUCAUCAAGACAAUCUACGUCGGCGGGAUCACCGAGGGCGCGGGGGGUGACGAAGGCAUCGAAAGGCUGUUGAACGCAGCAGGAAGUUUACGGAGAUGGGUCCGUGCCAUGGACGCCGAGGGCAAGCCUUGCAAGUUUGGUUUUGCAGAGUACGAAGACCCCGAAAGCCUCAGUACUGCCAUAGAAGUACUAAGGGAUAUUGAGGUUCCUGUCAAGCGACAGACUCCAGCAGAGGUGAAGGAUGACGAGGACGUCGAGAUCGAGAUGUCAAAAUUACUGAUUGUAGCCGAUGACAACUCACGAAGCUACAUUGAACAAUGGCAAGAAUCUCAGGGUAACAGGGAUCCAGAUGAGGUAGAAAUGCGACUUGACCAUGCGCGAAGUGCAGUCGAUGCCGUCCUCAAAGAUCUUCGCAACCCAGCAGUUCCAGCACAGAAAGACGAAAUGUCCAAUAUUGAUCGAGAUGGUGAUGUCGGUAUGGCGGAGGGAGCACAUACAGAUGGCGCGACCGGAGAAGUGGUCACAAUUCCCAUCGCCAUUGAUGAUGAGCUGUCAGACAUUCCUGCAGACAUGCGCGAGACCGUGGCGAAAGAAAUCGCCGCGUUCCGGGAUCGGAGCAAUCGUCGCGACCUGGAGCGAAUGAAACGUGAAGAGGAGAUGGAACUACAAGAACGGAAUCGCAUGACGAAUGGUGAUCGUUUCAGCCGUCUGGCUUCUCCGCCUCCUUCAGCACCUGCAGGACCAGCCGGCACGAACGGCAUCCCGGUCGGCCCAAGAGGGGCACCCGCCGGUCCCAAAGGCUUUGGCGUACAAAUACCACGAGAAUACCAGAAAGGUGUUGUACUGGUCAACGGAACGGCAAUCAACGGAGCCUCUGCCUUUGAAGACGAAGACACGGACGCCAGCGAUGAGGAGCUCGAACGACGCCGCAAAGAAAAGAGAGAUGCCGAACUUGAGAAGCAGUUCCUGGAUCAGGAACGCCGAUGGCUAAAUCGGGAAAGAUCACGCACAGAAGCUGUUGAGCGGGUCAAGAAGCGCGAGAAGGACGAUGCCGGCCGUCUGGACGAGGAGAAGGAAGCGAUGCGCAAACGAUUGCAUGACUGGAACGACGACAUCGAGGCUUCCCGUAAGACGGAGGAGUACUACGCUGAUCGGAGUAUGUGGAUCCGGAACCGGGCGAGCUUUCGACAGCGUGAAAUGGCAAAUGACGAUGCAGAUCGAGCAGCCGAACAGCGAGAGCGAGCCCGAGAAGUCCACCAGCGUGAACGGGUGGACGCCAUGGCCGACGAUUUCCUCAGUCGGCAAGAACGAGAAAUGUUCAACAGGGAACAAGAGAGGGAAGAGGAAGAGCGCGCACAGGUUUCGCGGCGUGAACCUGCCCGCUUCAAGCUGUCCUUGGGGGCGGCGGCACAGAAGGCCGCCGCACAAAGCGCCUCCCAAGUUUCGAAGCGCACUGUUGCAGACGUGGAAGGUCUUCUGGAGGACGAAGAGGAAGAAUCCAAGGCCGGUACGCGCAGAACGCUCAUACCGAUUGAGUACGACGCCUCGACAACGGCAGGGAUGUCAGAAGAAGAGCGGGCCCAAGCCGCUCGCCAGCUCGCUGCUGAUAUCCCCAACGAUAAAGAAGGCCUUUGGGAAUGGGAUGUCAAGUGGGAGUUUGUGGAUGAGAGUAUCAUUGAAGAGCGGUUGAAGCCCUUUGUGGAGAAAAAGAUCGUCGAGUACCUGGGUGUGCAGGAGCAGAUGCUCGUGGAUGUCGUCGUCAAUGCUCUCCAAUCCCGGGGUAAACCGCAAGACUUGGUGGGAGAACUGGAAGGGGCGCUCGAUGAAGAAGCCGAAGUUCUCGUCCGCAAACUCUGGAGGAUGCUCAUUUUCUUCUCCGAGUCCGAGAAGAGAGGUCUUGCGACGUAA